AGAAGUAAACGGUGAACUUGAUUUGCUGAGGCUGAAGAGGAAGUGAUUGUUUCUUUUGUAUUUACACGUGUAAACUAUCAUAUUUUUGCCUAUAUUUGUCUGCUGCAUUAUUGAAACAGUGUAAAGAGAGAUAUCACGUUUAGUGUAAAUGCAAACGGAGCCCUCACGUAAUUCAGGAGGGAAAUGUCGUCAAGAUUAUUCGUUAAACUGAUCUUUCAAGUGACGGGGAAGGUAACAUGGGGAAUCUCAGGACGACCUCCACUUUUUACUGUGCCACCCGUUGGCUUGGCACAUGUUCAGACCGCCGGUAAGAAAGAUUACAUUGAUCUCCCUGUCCUAAAUGAAGACGAGCUGGACGAGCAGUUUGUAAGAGGGUCUGGACCUGGUGGUCAGGCGACCAACAAAACCAGCAACUGUGUGGUGCUCAGGCACAUCCCAACUGGCAUUGUCGUUAAGUGCCAUCAAACCAGAUCGGUGGAAACAAACCGCAAAAGAGCUCGGCAGAUAAUGAGGGAGAAGCUUGAGGUCACCUACAAGGGAGAAGAGAGCGACAUUCUGAAGAAUAAGAAGGAGUCUAUACAGAGGAAACAAGACAAGAGGAAAAAGGCAAAUGAGAUUUUGGAGAAGAAGAGACUUUUCAAAGAGGCACUGAUGACAGACUUCAAACCAGGGGAUGACAGGGGGUGAAAAGUAUGCAUGAACAUAACAUUUAGUCUGAUCAACAAAUAUGUCCUACCUCGUCAUGAUCUGGAUUGUAAAUAAAGAGCACCUAUUGAAAUACAUUAUAUUGUCAUCAUGGCGGCAGGGCAGCCUAGUGGUUAGAGCAUUCGACUUGUAACCGGAAGGUGGCAAGUUCAAACCCCCGAGCUGAAAAGGUACAAAUCUGUCGUUCUGCCCCUGAACAGGCAGUUGACCCACUGUUCCUAGGCCGUCAUUGAAAAUAAGAAUUUGUUCUUAACUGACUUGCCUGGUUAAAUAAAGGUAAAAUAAAAAAUAUUGUCAUCAGUCUAAAAUACAGGAAUGAUGUCAGUAUUUUCUGUAAUUGUAAUGAAAUUACGUUUUAUUACACUUUUAAUAAAUACAAAGAUGCAAACAA